AUGUUGGACAGUCAAGAGGAUGGAUUGAAUGCAGAAAUGCAAACUGAGCCCACUGCAGUUGGCGAAAUGCAAUCGGAUUUGCAAUCACAGCCACCUAAGGGAAGUCCUGGUUCGUCAGAUCUUCAGGCCUCGGAUAUUGUCAAUCAAAUGGAUGGAGAAAGUUCCCUUGAAACUAACUUGGAAGAGUCCUUUAAAGUAGACUGCAGCCUACCUAUGGAUAGCCUUUUGUCACCUUUUAAUAUCAUAGAUCAAUUGCGUAAACAUAGUGAGGUGAAGGACCUUUUAGACUUAGGGGAUCAUUCCUAUUUUGGCAAAUAUGAACUACCUUUGUCCCUAAAGUCCGAGUGUUCUGAAGAAAGCCAAGUUACAAUACCGUACUUUAUUCCAGAACUGGAAAUGGCUUGUGCUGGCGAAGAAAUUGAACGUGAACUAGAAGUAGCAUUAGCUGAAAUUGAGAAUCCAACUGAACCAGAGAUCGAACGACUGGAAAUAGAACCUAUCAAAGAAUUAAAUAUACCAGGGAUAACGGAAACACAUUUCACUGGGAUUGAAGAACCAAAGUUAGAGGGAUUAAAUUUACCAGAAAGCGAAAAAAUAAAAUCACCUAUAAUUGAAGGACCUAAUUUAAAAGGGGAAGAAGAAAUAGAAAAACCGAAACCUAAAAUCAUUGAAAAACUAUUAUGUUCAGCAGAGCUAAAGCCAAUAUCAGUUGACAUCCUUGCCCCAAAAACUCUUCAGAUCGAAGAACUGAUUGCUCCAUUAGUUGAAAACCCGAAGCCUAAACUUGGUUUUAUUAGUUCCUUGAUAGGAAACAAGUUGGCUUGGACUCCCAGUGUCAGGCAUUCCUUUGGCGACAGAGUAAUGAAAAGGGCGAACAAGCGAUCCAGGGAGAUGAUUCAACAGGAGACAUAUCGAUCCCUAAAGUCCCUUAUUUUAAGCUUAACAAUGCUUAAAAAGUUGGAGGCUUCUUAUAAUGAUAAUUCCUAUAAGAGCAGAUUGAACCGAUUUGAAAAGGUCAGGAGCUCGUUAACCUUUUCCCGAGUAUUUAGGCAGAACAUUUUUCAGCUCACUUCGGAGGUGGAGAGCAGCAAGAAGGCAAUUGAAGAAACCUCGCUGGGCUGUGGUGAGCCCAUGAUUAGAAGUCCCAGCGAAUAUAGAGAACCACUUCCUAUACUAUACCGACUAGAUGCUAGCGAAGGACUGACUUGCAACGGUUUGAGUGUGAGCAAGGAUUCCGUUUUCAGUGAGGUUUCCGAAAGCGAUGACUCGCAAGUCCAGAACAAGUUAGGUACAACGAAGUCCCUUCGAGAAGUCCAUGGAUUAACUAGACCAGUGGCCGAUCUGGGGGACAUUCUGAAUAGUGGCAGGGUUUUGUUCAGUCAGUCCGUUAGGCUGUUCUGUUUCAACAAGUUGAAGGAGUGGAAACGGCAAGGUAAGGUACGCGGUACCCCCGAGACUCCUCACCGUUCCCCCUCCUUCUCAGGCGAGGGCAAAAUCGAAAUCCUGGAGCACCAGGGCUCGUACUACAUAGUACUCCACGACAAGGUCACCGGGGAGCUGAUCAUCCACAUGCGAGUGGACGAAAAAUGGCGCAUCGACUACAUGACCAAUAGCUCCUACAGCUGCCGCUGGACCAACAUCAACUAUGCCUCCAGUCGGGUGGGCAUUCUGGAGAGGAUUGCCUGCUCCUUCCGCGAGCCUAGCCACGCCGCCGAAUUCGUCGCGAGGGUCCGGAACAGUGCGAUACAAUCCCGCUUAGAUUGGAGUUCUUAACUUACAAAUUAAUUGCUUUCCAGUUGAAUUCCCAGUGAAUUCCUUGGUGUUUCUUGCGUUCGGCGGCGUGUUACAAGCUG